UCUAACCGGAACUCGUAUAUGUGAAGCAUCUCUAACUUGACGCUGUUCACCGCUUUUCUGUCCUCCUCCUCCUCCAGCAGCAGCAGCAUCAUCCGUGGCUCCCCGCAGAGGACAGCGGGUGUUUGUAGGACACAGGAGGGGAGGGAGGGGUCCUGGCCUGGGCACGGAUCCCGAAGAGGCCCCGGGGCCGCCGCUGGAUGGAGUCGGGCUGCAUUCAGACAGCAAUGGCUAUGGGUCUGACAUCGAAAAAGGCGUCUGCUCGGAGCGUCGGCGUGGAGCGAAAAAACCUCAUCACGGUUUGCAGAUUCUCUGUAAAGACUCUCCUAGAAAAGUACACAGCAGAGCCCAUAGAUGACUCAUCCGAGGAGUUUAUUAACUUUGCCGCCAUUUUAGAGCACAUUCUCAGCCACCGCUUCAAAGGUAACACUCCAGGUUCAGGAAGCUGGUUCAGCUCAGAUGGACAGCGCAGUUUCUGGGAAUACAUCCGGCUGGCUUGCAGCAAGGUGCAGAACAACUGCAUCGCCAGCAUUGAAAACAUAGAGAACAUCAGCACAUCACGAGCCAAGGGGCGUGCGUGGAUUCGAGUGGCACUGAUGGAGAAGCGUCUGUCUGAAUAUGUAUCCACUGCUCUGAGGGACACAAGAACAACCAGGAGGUUCUAUGAUGAUGGAGCCAUUAUGCUGAGAGAGGAGGCCACAGUCCUGACUGGUAUGCUGAUUGGACUGAGUGCCAUUGAUUUCAGUUUCUGCUUAAAGGGGGAGACUCUGGAUGGGAAAUCCCCGGCUGUGAUUGACUACACACCAUACCUAAAGUUCACUCAGAGCUAUGACUACCUGAGUGACGAGGAGGACCGUCGCAGUGUGGACAGCAGUAACAGUGAGGAGAGUGUCCCAGAGCAUCCCUACAUCCCUCUGGUGACUGACGAGGAGAGCUGGAGCAACAAGUGUCGCAAGAUGGAGCAGAGGUUUAAGAUCGUCUAUGCCCAGAAGGGUUACCUGGAGGAGCUGGUGCGCCUGCGGGAGUCGCAGCUGAAGAACGUGGAGACGGAGAACAAGUGUCUGAGAGCCAAGGUGGAGGAGCUUACAGUCCAGAGCCAACAGGAGAAGAAGGAGCUGGAAGCCAUUGUGUUGGAACUGCAGGCACAACUCUCUGCCCUCAUGCCCUGUGACUCUUCCCAUCUGGCUAAAGAUCUCCCCAUCCCUCUAGUCAACCAGUGGUCCACCAUCACAAACAACCAGGGUGAUGUCAAGCUUUUCCGCAGGUGUUUUUGUCCAUCCAGAAGGAGUUUCCACAGUUUGGAGCAACUUUCUGCUGAAGUCAGUCUGAACUCUGACUCUCAGAAGACUGAUGGGAGACAGAACGGAGAUGCUGCCUGGACUUCAGCAGGAAAAGACAACACUCCUUCCAUGCUGGGCCUUUGUGGCUCUUUGGCCUCUUUACCAAGCUCCAAGUCCCUGGCCAGCCUCAAGUCCAGCGAGUGUUUGGUCAACAUCAGCACUGAACCCAGCCCUGCGCUCUCUCCCAGCUAGGAGCUCCAGAGCAACAACAACAACAACAACAACAGAGAUUUAACCCCCAGCCUGUCUGCCUGGUGAUGCUGCGUUGACCAUGCCCCCC